UUUAGAUGCGCAUUAUUUUUGCAGUCAAGCAGCGGCGCAAUUGUGAAAUUAUAGCUUUUGCGAUUUUUUAAAGAGUUCCAAACAUAAAACAAAAUGCCAGGCAUCGCGCCGUUAUCUACGGGUGUUAUUGCACGUAUCAUGCAUGGAGAAGAAGUAAAUCAGCCGGUUCUACAGAUUCUGGGUAUUAAAAAGAUCAACAGCAAUGCAGAUUCCGAGCGUUAUCGUCUGCUUAUGUCAGAUGGCCAGUAUUACAACAGCUAUGCCAUGUUGGCUAGCCAGUUGAACGCGAUGCAGCAUGACGGUCUGCUCAAAGAGAACACCAUUGUUCGCCUGGACAAAUACAUUACUUCCUUGGUGGGGAAAAACGAUACGGACAAACGUGUCCUCAUCGUGACGGAUUUGACCGUUCUAAAUUCUGGUGCAGAGGUUGGCAAAAAAAUUGGUGAACCGGUUACUUAUGAAAAUGCUUUAAAGAAUGGGGCACAGUCCAAGCCUUUGGCCUCUUCCAGUGCACCGGUUCAACAGAAUAAGCCAGAAAAGAAGCCAAUGCUUUACAACAACAAUAAUAACAAUACACUAAAUAGUUCUAUUAAUGCGGGAUUAACAAGUCCCAUAGCCAGUCUUAGCCCAUAUCAAAACAAAUGGGCUAUUAAAGCGCGUGUAACUUCAAAAUCCGCUAUACGCACCUGGAGCAAUGCACGCGGGGAGGGAAAGCUUUUUAGUAUGGAUUUGAUGGAUGAAUCCGGUGAAAUACGCGCGACCGCUUUUAAAGAGCAAUGCGACAAAUAUUACGACUUAAUUCAGGUCGAUAACAUUUAUUACUUUUCCAAGUGUCAGCUGAAGUCAGCAAACAAACAAUUCUCACAACUGAAGAACGAUUACGAAAUGACCUUCACUAGCGAUACAGUUGUGCAGAAGUGCGAGGAAAUGGAUGAUGGCGGUAUACCCGAGAUUAAGUACGAUUUGGUUCCCAUUUCGCAAGUAGCGAACAUGGAAGAUAAAACAGCUUUGGAUACGAUUGGCAUUUGCAAAGAGGUGGGCGAGCUGCAGACCUUCACCUCGCGCACAACCAACAAAGAGUUUAGGAAGCGUGAAUUGACUUUAGUGGAUAUGAGCAACUCGGCCGUCACUUUGACUUUAUGGGGUGAUGAUGCCGUCAACUUCGAUGGUCAUGUGCAGCCUGUAAUACUCGUGAAGGGUGCGCGCAUUAAUGUAUUCAACGGCGGCAAGACUCUGAGUAUGGGUGGUGGCUCUACUAUUAAAAUAAAUCCAGACAUUCCGGAAGGUCACAAGUUGCGAGGUUGGUUCGACAAUGGCGGUGGCGAUAAUAUAACUAAUAUGGUAUCGGCGCGCACUGGUGGCGGAAACUUUAACACCGAGUGGAUGACCUUGCAAGAGGUGCGCUUGCGAAAUCUUGGAGCCGGAGAUAAGCCGGAUUACUUCCAGUGCAAGGCUGUUAUUCACAUGGUGAAGCAAGAAAAUGCAUUUUAUAAGGCUUGUCCCCAGAGCGAAUGCAACAAGAAGGUCGUCGAUGAGGGUAAUGGCCAGUAUCGAUGCGAACGUUGUAACUCUUUGUAUCCAAAUUUCAAAUAUCGUCUACUGAUUAAUAUGAGCAUCGGGGACUGGACCGCAAACCGCUGGGUUACUUGCUUCAAUGAAGUUGGCGAGCAAUUGCUCAAUCACUCCGGCCAGGAAGUUGGAAACGCUUUGGAGAACGAACCAGAAGCUGCUCAAGCCAUGUUCUCGGCGAUUAACUUUACUUCACACAUUUUCAAGCUGCGCUGCAAGAGCGAAAUGUAUGGCGAUGUGACCCGUAAUAAAUUAUCUGUGCAAGCGUUGACGCCCAUAAAUUACAAGGAAUAUAACAAGUACUUGCUAAAGAGCCUAAAGGACUUAACAGGUAUUGGAUCCUCCAACUGAAUUGAGAAAGCGCAGUGCGUCUAUCAAAAACACAGCUAUCUGAAUAAGUAAUGAUUUAUUAUUCUGAACCAAAUCAUUAAAAUUAAUAAAUACUGCAUAUGUUUAUAACGUCUCAUAAAAAUACAUUCCAUAAGUUUAUUGAA